AUGCCGGCAAAACCGCUGCAGCGGCCACAAGAGUCGCGCUGGCGACCCGUGGGGCUCCUCCACUGGGAGUCGGCUAAUCGCACCCACCGUCCCCCGAACUAUGAGAUGCUGAAGGCGGAACAUGAAGUGGAUGUGCUAGGGGUACCCCACAACCCUGCACCCCCGACAUCCACCAUGAUCCACAUCCGAAGCAAGACCUCUGUGCCCAACCACGUCGUCUGGUCCCUGUUCAACACCCUCUUCAUGAACUCCUGCUGCUUGGGCUUCAUAGCGUUCACCUACUCCGUGAAGUCUAGGGACAGGAAGAUGGUUGGCAACCUGACCGGGGCCCAGGCCUACGCCUCCACCGCCAAGUGCCUGAACAUCUGGGCCCUGAUUUCGGGUGUCAUCAUGACCAUUCUGCUGAUCAUCAUCCCAAUACUGAUUCUGCAAGCCUAUCAGUAGAUCCAGAGGAAUCAUCCUAGCCAAGGGCUCUGCC